CCAACCAUUAUUGAUUUCUUGAAGAAUAUAUGAUAAUAGAUGAAAAAGUGAAGUUUCUUUUAAUCUGUGCGAGUUUUAAAAAGUCUGUUUUUCGUGGUUGAAAUACACGGCAAGCCUACAAGUGUGAACAAAAUAUAAACUAUUUAAAAGGCUAAAAAAUUGUAGGCCUAUGCCUAGUUUGUGAGAUUUUUCUAAGAGUAGGUCUAAUACUACCAAGCCUAAAAUAUCGGCUUAGUUUAUUUAGGACAAGUUGAUUUGGUAAAUAUUUAACUUCUUUUUAUGCAUUUAAGCUACAUUUAUUUGUUUGAAUUUUUAAAAUGCCUAAAGGAUCUCAGACGGCUGGUUCUGAGGAUGAACUUGUAAAGCCUAGUACGUUGGUAAAUUUAACUAUGAAUUUGCCUCCACCAUCAUCUAUGGAAAUAAAGGGUGAUGUCCUAGACAAUUGGAAGUUUUUCAAACUUCAAUUCGAAAACUAUUCAAUAGCCACUGGGCUGAAUGAUAAAGAUGAAGAAGUUAAAGUAGCAACGUUUCUGUCUGUAAUAGGCAAGGACUGCCUUAAAAUCUACACUAGUUUAGAUCUAGGCGAUGAUGACAGCACAGAAGAUAAAUUGAAGACUAUAAUAGCAGGCUUUGAUAAAUAUUUUCAACCGGAAAAAAAUGUUAUUUAUGAGCGAUAUGUGUUUGGGUCAGCUAAUCAGUUACCGAAUGAGAAGAUAGAACAGUACGUAUGCCGGUUGAGACAGUUAAGCACGACUUGUGAUUAUUCAGCUCUAGAAUCUGAAAUGAUUCGAGAUAAGUUAGUUUUAGGUGUUUCAGAUCUAAGUCUCCGCAAGAAACUUCUGUCGGAUAGCAAACUAACCUUGUCUGCGGCCAUUGAUAUAUGCAGGGCUCACGAGGCUACUGAUAACCAGUUGAAGCAUAUCAGUAAAAAUGAAGGUGCAUGUGAACAGCAACAGGAGGUAAACAAGGUUUUUAUGAAGGAAAGAAAACAUCAGAGCCAAGGUAGGCCAACACAUUUCCCUAGUUUUAGAAAUAGGAGAACUUGUCUUUUUUGUGGGAACAAUCAUGAAAUGAUAAGAGAUAAAUGUCCAGCUUAUGGAAAAACUUGUGAUAGGUGUAAUAGACCAAAUCAUUUUUCAAAAAUGUGUAACAGUUCCGAGUCAAGACCUAAUAAAUGGCCUAAUGCACCCAGAAAAAAUAAGUUUGCUGAUAACAAACACUCUGUUAACAUUGUUGACGAAACUGACAGUAGUUCAGAAUCUUUGUACAAAAUUGAGAGCCUUAAUUUAGCUAGUAAAUCUAAUUCAGUUUCGGACAAGAAACAAUGGGUAACUAACCUAACUUUCAGUACAAGGCCUAGGCCUACUCUCGAUCAUGACCAGGUUUUUUGUGACUUUGAGUGUCAGCUUGACACGGGUGCUUCGUGUAAUGUUAUGCAUAAAUCUGACUUUGAUAAAAUCGCUCGUAAAGCAAUUUCAGAAUUCAGCAAGCCUAGUCUUAAAGAUUCUAGUACUAUUUUGAGGUGCUACAGUGGCAACACUAUAAAACCAGUGGGUGAGACUGAUCUUGUUUGCUAUUUUAAUGAUAAGGUGUAUUGUAUGACUUUUCAAAUUGUCGACAUUCCUGCGUAUCAAAGACCCCUUAUUUCUGCGGAGACUUGUAAACAGCUAAAGAUUUUGCAGGUAAAAGCACAAUUGUGCAAAGUUGAAGAUGUUGAUACUUCGCUGUCAAAUAAUACUAACCAGCAGGACAAUGAUAUAAUUGAUGAAUUUGAUGAUGUGUUUACGGGUCUUGGUUGUUUACCAGGAAUUUUUCACCUAGAAGUAGAUGCUACUGUGGAUCCUGUUAAAAACUCCCCGCGCAAAGUUUCCAUACCGCUUCGUAAGCAGUUGAAAGAAAAGAUUGAUGAGUUAGAAUGUCAAGGCAUUAUUGUAAAGGAGAAUGCUCCUACUGAAUGGAUUAGCAAUAUUGUAGUCGUUAUGCGUAACGGCAAGAUGCGAAUCUGUCUUGAUCCACGACCGCUUAACGUUGCUCUUAAGCGAUCACACUAUCAAAUUCCAACGAUCGAUGACAUUUUACCAGACUUAUCUAAGGCUAAAGUUUUCUCAGUGAUGGAUGCAAAGAAUGGGUUCUGGCAAGUAAAACUAGAUGAAGAGUCGAGCAAGCUAACAACAUUUUGGACACCACAUGGAAGAUAUAGGUGGACACGCCUGCCAUUUGGCCUAGCUCCCGCGCCAGAAGAGUUCCAACGUAGACUACAUGAAGUACUAUAUGAUCUUGAAGGAGUUGCAGUGAUCGCGGAUGAUAUAUUGAUUUAUGGUUGUGGUGACACAGGAGAAGAAGCCUCAAGAGAUCAUGAUAGGAAGUUGAGGAUGUUGCUUUUACGAGCAAGGGAGAAGAAUCUAAAGUUAAAUAGAAAGAAGAUGAAGCUUAGGCAGACAGAAGUAUCUUUUAUGGGACAUGUUUUGUCGAACACAGGAUUGCGUCCCGAUUUGUCUAAAGUACAGGCCAUCACUGAAAUGAAGAAACCAGAAAAUGUGAAAGAUGUCCAACGAUUUUUGGGUUUUGUUAAUUAUUUAGCCCGUUUUGUUCCCACACUUUCGGACCUCUGUGAACCACUCCGACAGUUAACAAAGAAAGAGUCAGCUUGGAUUUGGGACGAAACUCAUAAUCGAUCCUUUGAUAAAAUUAAACAAAGCAUUGCAAACGCAUCAGUAUUAAGAUACUUCAAUGUCCAUGAACCACUGACUAUACAGUGUGACUCAAGUAGUAUAGGCCUAGGCGCAUCGCUUCUCCAAUCCGGGCAACCUGUAGCGUAUGCGUCACGAACGCUAUCCCCGGUAGAACGGAGAUAUGCACAGAUAGAAAAAGAAUGUUUAGCAAUCUUGUUUGCUUGUAACAGGUUCCAUUACUAUAUCAGUGGAAAAUCAGAUGUGACCGUCCAGACAGAUCACCAACCUCUGGUAACAAUCUUCAAAAAAGCUUUGCUUAGUGCACCUAAGCGUCUUCAAUGUAUGAUGUUAAAGUUGCAGAAGUACAACUUCGAGUUGGAAUAUAAAAAAGGAUCAGAAAUGACCUUGGCAGAUACAUUGUCCAGAGCAGCAAUACCUUAUGAUAAUCGUAGUAGGAAUCAAGAAGACAUAGAAACCUCUCAUGUUUAUAAGAUGAUUGAAGAAGAGAACAUGUUUAAAAGGAUGGAAAAGGUGGAUCCCACUAAACAUCUAAAUGUCACGAGUGAACGACUGGGCCAGAUUAGGCGAAUAACGCUGCAGGAUCCAGUGUUAAUGAAACUUACAUCGGUUAUCAUCUCUGGAUGGCCUAAACUGAAAAGUAGCCUAGAUUUGUCAAUAAGAGAAUAUUGGGGCUUUAGAGAUGAACUUGUGGUCUUUGAUGGAAUAGUGUUUCGAGGUAGCCGUUUAGUUGUGCCUAAAGCUAUGAGGCCAGAAAUGUUACAAAGAAUUCAUGCUGGUCAUCAAGGAAUUGAAGCUUCUUUGCGUAAAGCUCGUGAAAUUUUAUAUUGGCCUCGUAUGUCAGAAGACAUCAGGCAGUGUAUUGAGAAGUGUACAGCCUGCCUUCUUAACUCUCCAGAGCAGCAACACCUUCCAAUGCAAACUCCUGACACUCCAGACCUGCCUUGGACACACAUAGCUAUGGAUGUGUUUGAUUUUAGAGGACAAAACUACCUGGUAACUGUGGAUUACUACUCUGACUUUUGGGAAUUAGAUGAGCUUCCAAACAUGACCUCAGAAACUUUGAUCAGUGUUUCCAAAAAGAAUUUCAGUAGAUGGGGUGUGCCAGUAAGCGUAACGACUGAUAAUGCACCGAAUUUUGUUAGUUCAGAUUGGUUGAAGUUUAGUAAAGACUGGGAUUUUGAACACAAAACAUCAUCUCCUUAUCAUCCAAGAGGCAAUGGGAAAGCUGAGGCGACUGUAAAAAUUGCCAAAAAUACUUUGCGUAGGAUUGAUCGUGAUGAUGCGGAUCUGUGGCUGGCGAUUUUAGAAAUUAGAAAUACGCCUGCUAAGGAUGUGGGUGUUAGCCCAGCUCAAAGAAUCAUGUCAAGAAGGACUAGAACUACUAUCCCAGUAACUAGGAGUUUGUUGUCACCCGAAGUACCAAGUGGAGUGAAGUCGAAACUUAUUGAAAGGAAGAAGAAAUAUAAGCGAUAUUACGACCGAAAGUCCAAGAAUCUGCCAGAAUUGGAAGUAGGUCAAGGUGUAAUCGUAAAAUCAAGGCCAAAUGUCAAGUAUAAUCAAUGGGAAUUUGGUUCAAUCAGUAAACAACUAUCAGACCGGUCUUACAGCGUAAAGACACCUUCAGGUCAGUUCAGGCGGAACAGAGAAUGGAUCAAAGUCACACCCCAACAAACUAGUAAGUCACCCACUCUCAGUCCCCACAACAGCCCUUCUCCAACUAAGACCCCAUCAGAAGAUGAAAUGUGUAGCCAAGAAGAACACAUAACUCCAAGGGAGAUAGUUUCCCCUCAACGUAGGACUACUCGUUCAGGAAGGACUAUCCGAACCCCUGAAAGAUAUAAACAAUAA